GUCGACGUCCCAUUGGAGGGAGGCCGCCUUCUUAUACCGCCCGUGGUGAGAGCUGGGAACAGAAAGCUGAAAGUGAGAAGAAGCAUUUCCCCCUCUCGAUUCCAAAAAGGGGAAACCAGCAGCAGCGGCAAGUUUGACCUUCGGUGGACUGUUAAGAAACCAUAAACAGUGAAGAUGUCGCUGCCUGCUGAGCUUUCCCGUGAGGAAAACGUUUACAUGGCUAAGCUUGCAGAGCAGGCUGAGAGGUAUGAAGAGAUGGUUGAGUUCAUGGAGAAGGUGGCUAAGGCAGUUGAUUCUGAGGAGCUUACUGUGGAGGAGCGCAACCUUCUGUCAGUUGCUUACAAGAAUGUCAUUGGAGCCCGACGUGCCUCAUGGCGAAUCAUAUCCUCCAUUGAGCAGAAGGAGGAGGGACGUGGCAAUGAGGACCGUGUCACUCUUAUCAAGGACUACCGUAGCAAGAUAGAAGUUGAACUCACCAAGAUAUGUGAUGGAAUUCUCAAGCUCCUUGAUUCCCACCUUGUCCCCUCAUCCACGGCUCCAGAGUCCAAGGUCUUCUACCUCAAGAUGAAGGGUGACUACUACAGGUACCUUGCGGAGUUUAAAACUGGAUCUGAGAGGAAGGAUGCAGCUGAGAACACCAUGGUGGCAUACAAAGCUGCUCAGGAUAUUGCCCUGGCAGAGUUGGCCCCCACUCAUCCUAUUAGGCUUGGGCUGGCGCUCAACUUCUCAGUAUUUUAUUAUGAGAUCCUCAACUCUCCUGACCGUGCUUGCAGUCUUGCUAAGCAGGCUUUUGAUGAGGCCAUCUCAGAGCUGGAUACCCUGAGCGAGGAAUCCUACAAGGACAGCACUCUGAUCAUGCAGCUUCUGCGUGAUAACUUGACCCUGUGGACCUCAGAUAUCUCGGAGGAUGCCGCCGAAGAAAUCAAGGAGGCUCCCAAGGGCGAGUCUGGAGAUGGGCAGUAAAGAUGAUCCAUAUUCCCAGAAACUACAUUUCAGUGUUCGGUCUCUUAGUGAAUCUGUCAUGUGCUCUGGGUUCUGGUUUCGUCCAUAUAGGUUGUAUUGCUGCUUGUGAUAGCUGGAAAUUGCAGACUCCCAUUUGUGCUGUGCUAGAAAGGCUUGCAAUUACCUCGCUGCUUGGCAGGUGGUGUCAAGCUAUACUUGGUUGAGGGAGCCUUUAUUUAUUCGAAUCAUUGGUGUUACUUUGCAUUUGUAGGUUGAGUCUUCCUGUUGCUUGUCUCCAUGUUCAUCUUUUUUCUAUUGUUGAUUUUGAUGUGUUUCCGUCAA